GCUAAAGAGUUGUGUCCCUCCGGCCGCCAUUAAAGGAUACGACCCAUGUAUUGAAAAAAGAAGCCCGGAGAGACUCCGCGGAGGAGCGGACUAAUGUUUCGCCUUUUGGCCGCGCUCGCGUUUCGGCUUGUAGCGGGUGUUUGGUGAGGGGUUUCUGAUGUGAGCGGGGCUUUUAAGAAGAAGAGCGCUGCGAGAGGAGCGAGCGAGCGGGCGGCGGAGGAUUUUCUUUAAUUACUGAAUCACUUUUAUUCGACUUGUCUGGCUGGGUUGCCAAUCAGUUAGCUUAGCUUAGCUAACAGCUAGCUAGGUUAGCUUAGCUAGCUAGCCUGUUAGCUAAGGCUGAUGCUAGCGGCUGCUGAGUAAAGGGGGAGGGGUGAAUGUAGUAGGGCUUACAGUUUAGCGGCUCAGCGAUUUAGCGAGCUUUAGCUAACGUUUAAAUCCGAUAAAAUUUUCUUAUUUAUCGGAUGUGUUAGUGAUUUAUGUGUUUAGUAUUCGCGGGGUGUGAUUUUAAUGUGUUUUAAUAUAGACAGGAUUGUUUUUUUUGGUCGAUGUUCGCGCGUUAAAACAAGAGGAUUUGAGGAGUUAAGCUAGUUAACGCUAGCUAACAUAGAGUUAGCUUAGCUUACCUAGCUAAGCUAACGCUAACUUGCUGAAGACGUCUUGACUGAGGGGAGGGGGAUUUUUGUGGUUAUUGUUUUAAAAAGGAGCCGAGCCUGGCUGUGUGAGAGUGGGGUUGUUCUUUAGCUAGUUAACUAACCCAGCUAAGCUAGCGUUAGAUAUAUACAUAUAUAUAUCUGCUCGGAGGAACCACUGGGAAAAUACUCAGCGGCCCUCAGCUCAGUUCCCCCGCUAUGAAAUAAAUGAUGGACAGACUGGCUUCACCCUGAGGAUGAGUUCUUGUUUCGUACCCAACGGGGCCAGCCUGGAGGACUGCCACUCCAAUCUCUUCUGUUUGGCUGACCUCACAGGCAUCAAAUGGAAGUGCUUUGUAUGGCAGGGCCCCACCUCGUCCCCCAUACUCUUCCCGGUGACCGAGGAGGACCCCAUCCUGUGCAGCUUCAGCCGCUGCCUGAAGGCAGACGUGCUGAGCGUGUGGCGGCGGCACCAGACACCCGGUCGGCGUGAGCUUUGGCUCUUCUGGUGGGGCGACGACCCCAACUUCGCCGAGCUCAUCCACCACGAGCUCUCAAGUAAUGAAGACGGGGUGUGGGAGAGCGGUCUGACCUACGAGUGCCGCACGCUGCUCUUUAAAGCCAUCCACAACCUGCUGGAGCGCUGCCUCAUGAACCGGUGCUUCGUGCGCAUCGGCAAGUGGUUUGUGAAGCCCUACGAGAAGGAUGAGAAACCCAUCAACAAGAGUGAGCAUCUUUCCUGCGCCUUCACCUUCUUCCUGCACGGAGACAGCAACGUGUGCACCAGUGUGGAGAUCAACCAGCACCAGCCCGUCUACCUGCUGAGUGAGGAGCACCUGACCCUGGCCCAGCAGAGCAGCAGCCCCAUGCAAGUGAUCCUCAGUCCGUACGGUUUGAGUGGGACACUAACUGGCCAGUCCUUCAAGCUCUCUGAUCCUCCAACUCAGAAGUUAAUAGAAGAGUGGAAGCAGUUCUACCCCAUCAGCCCCACCACCAAGGACACUUCAGAGGACAAGGGGGACGAUCUAGACUGGGAAGAUGACUCAUUGGCUGCUGUGGAGGUUCUUGUUGCUGGAGUAAGGAUGGUGUACCCUGCCUGCUUGGUUCUGGUGGCUCAGUCGGAUAUCCCAGCCCCGGCUGCAGUGAGCUCCUCUAGCUGCACUGGGCUCGGCUCUGGAGGUCAUCACAAUCACACGACACACAGAGAGCCUGCCAUCUCAUCAGUUACGCUCACUCCUCCAACGUCUCCAGAGGAAGCACAGAAAGUCUGUCAGCCUGCUCCGAGGUGGAUGAAAGUCUCGGCGGUGUCUGAUGGCUUCAGCGUGGACAGCACCAGUCAUCACGGCGGCAAGGUUCCACGCAAGCUGGCCAGUCAGUUAAUGGAGACCGUUUGGCAGGAAUGCAACAUCAAUCGAGCUCAGAAUAAAAGGAAGUUUUCAGCUGUGACCAAUGGCGUUUGUGAGGAGGAUAAGGAUAAAGAUUGCGUUUGGAACUUCGUCGAACAUUAUCAAAGGAGUCAGUGCAAUUGCUCAAGACACAAAUACAUGAAACAGCGUACAGGUAGCACCCCAGGGCUUCCUCCUUCUACUGGCCAACCAGCUCAACCCCCAUCCAGGUACAAGGCAGUGGACAAGAUGGAGAAAGCCGAAAAGCAGCAAAAAAGACCUCAGACUCCCUUCCAUCACCGCAACCCUGAAGAUCUCAGCCUGGAUUCAGAGGGUGGAGGCCAGAAGCUUGGCUUGCGUGGCCAGGAGGACAGCCACUACCCCAGUCUCCACCAUGUGGAUGUUGCCAUGGUCAAAGUCCAAACGCUUCACGCAUCAUCUGGAGACAUUGCAGGGUCACCUCAGCCUCCGCCGCUCAGCCCACAUCCCUGUGAACGAGAGGAGGAGACGGCAGGAGAGCUGAAACGCUCCUCCACGCCUGUCAACCAACAGUUCUACCCUUCCUCCUCCACUGAGCCCUGCUUGUUGCCUCAGAAAAACCUGGCUGACUCUUCUGCAGACCCCAGGUCCUUAGGCUGCCCUGAGUCAGCUUUUUCAGGCCCUGUGGAGCCCACGGUGUAUGUGGGAUCUGCAGUUAACCCCAACGAGGACGCGACUCUCAACCCCUGGACGUACUUUCGACUGCCUGGCAAGAAGAACGCCAACCUGCAGCCACCCUCACUUCCUGUGGACAAGCUGAAGUUGGAUGGCAGUGGAUGUGGAGGCUUGGAUGGCAUUAUUUCUGUCACUGAGAUGAUGGCCUCCUCAGUGAGGUCGCUGAAAGUGUCAGAGGAGCGGGUGAAGAUGUACAUUCAGAAAAAGAACCAGUACCUCUCAGCAGCAGUGUGCGACACCGACCACGAGACGGACGCAGAUCCCUAUGCUUUCGUAGAGGGAGAUGAGGAAUUCACCUUCAGUGAUAAAGAGAAGAAGCCUGGAGCCGAGCCUGGCAAGAGGAAUAAGAGAGAUGAUGGGAGCGUUUCUUCGACUGAUGAUGGUCAAGGUUCAGGAAACAAUCAGCCACUUCCUUCCACCAGCCUGAUGCACGUGACUGACCUGAUUGUUUCCAUAAACGACCUGGACAAUCUCUUUAACUCUGAUGAAGAUGAGCUCACGCCUGGAGCUAAGAGAGCUGGGACUGGAACACAGGAGAAAUUUGGUGGAAAGGAGCCCAAAUCAGUAGCAGCUGACAGCCUGUCCUGUAUACACUCUGCAGACCUCCAGUCCUCCUUCCCCACACCUCCAUCCCUGGAGCAGCACAUCAUGGGCUUCUCCCCGAUGAACAUGGGUGGAAAGGAUUGUGGCUCUGUGGAAGCCGGGCCGGGUUUCACUCUGACUGACGGGUCAGCUUUUGGUGGCACUUUUAAAAUGGAGGUGGAAGAGGGUUUCUGCAGCCCCAAACCCUCAGAGAUUAAGGACUUCUCUUUUGUCUUCAAGCCGGAAUCCUGCCAGGCGUUUGUGGGCUGCUCUCUGUUUGCUCCUCUGAAGAUGCUUCCUAGCCAGUGCCUGCCGCCCAUCAAGCUGCCGGAGGAAUGCGUGUUCAGGCCCAGCUGGACUGUAGGAAAAUUGGAGAUGCUCCAGCCAGUGCCUUCCAUGUCGUUCCUGAACAAGGACAGUAACAUUCCCAGUGUGGGCAGUGCUGUGGAUCAAGACUACAACCAGUCCUAUACUCCCCAGACCAACACUCCCUUCCUGUCGAACAGCGCUCCACCCAGCAACAGUGGCGCAGGCAUUCUGCCCUCUCCCGCCACCCCUCGCUUCUCUGCCCCCACCCCACGGACCCCGCGCACUCCCCGCACACCCCGAGGCCCAGCCAGCGUCCAGGGCUCGGUGAAGUACGAGAAUUCGGACCUGUACUCUCCCGCCUCCACCCCCUCCACCUGCAGGCCGCUGAACUCCGUGGAGCCGGCCACUGUGCCCUCUAUCCCGGAGGCGCACAGCCUCUACGUCACCCUCAUCCUCUCCGAUUCCGUCAUGAAUCUGUUCAAGGACUGCAACUUCGACAGCUGCUGCAUCUGCGUGUGCAACAUGAACAUCAAGGGCUCCGACGUGGGCGUGUACAUCAGCGACCCCAGCAUGGACUCGCAGUACUCCUGCAUGGAGACCUGUUCCUGCGGCUUCAGCGCGGUCGUCAACCGCCGCUACGGAAACGGGGCUGGCCUCUUCCUGGAGGACGAGCUGGACAUCGUGGGAAGGGGCUCCGACGCCGGGCGAGACACGGAGAAGCAUUACGAGGCUCUGCGGGCGUCCUCCCUGCACAGAGCGGGCACUCUGAGAGAAUGCCUCUCGGACGAGCUCAUUCUGCUGCUUCAGGAGCAGUGCACCAAUCCUUUCUCCUCUCUGAUCGGACCUAAGCCCAUCAGUUUAGACCUCCGGCUCCCUCUGCGCCUGGAGGAGAGGGACUGUUACAACGACUGCUACCUGGCUCUGGAGCACGGCCGCCAGUUCAUGGACAACAUGUCCGGAGGGAAGGUGGACGAGACGCUGAUCAAGAGCUCCUCUCUACAUCCCUGGGCCAAACGCAAUGCUGUGGACAUCAGCUCACUGUUCUCUCAGGAUGUGCUGAGGAUGCUGCUGUCUCUGCAGCCUGUGCUGCAGGACGCCAUCCAGAAGAAGAGGUCUGUUCGCUCCUGGGGUGUCCAGGGCCCUCUUACUUGGCAGCAGUUUCACAAGAUGGCUGGCAGGGGAACCUAUGGCACGGAUGAGUCUCCUGAGCCUCUGCCCAUCCCUCCCUUCCUGGUGGGUUUUGAGUACGACUUUGUGGUGCUGUCCCCCUUCGGCCUGCCCUACUGGGAGAAGCUGCUACUGGACCCCUUCGGCUCCCAGAGGGAUAUUGGCUACGUGGUGGUUUGUCCUGACAGCGAGACUUUGCUCAGUGGUGCUAAGAACUUCUUCAGGGACUUGACUGCAGUGUAUGAGGCGUGUCGACUCGGACAGCACAGGCCGAUCUGCAAGUCCCGCGCUGACGGCAUAGUGACAGUAAGCAGCGGUGACCUAAAGCCUCUGACAGAGCAGCCUCUCAGCGACUGGUUCCUCAAGAUGUGCAGCAGCAGUAGCGAAUUCUUCACCAAACUUAAACUCUAUGCUCAAACUUGUCGACACGACUUGGCUCCAUACCUGGCAGGCCAGACUUUAGACAGCUCCCUGCUCUCCCAGCGAAACCCCCCCUCCAGCUCCUCCUCCCCCUCCCAGCCAGCCAACUCCAGCAGCGCUUCCAAUGCCACCAGCACCUCUACACCAAACACUAGCAACAGCAACCCAGCUCCCACCACCACUUCCUCUAACUCUCAGGGCAUUGGAGGAUUAUCCUCUGCCAAACCCGGCUCUGUUCCUCCGUUUGGAGCUCCAAGUAUGCAGGCCCCUCAUCAGACUGCUGUCCCUGGUGCCGGAGCCAUGGGGGACAACACGUCAACCAGCAGCCAGCCUCAAGCCCCUGCAGAGCCUCUCGAAAGCACUAUGGAGAGGGAGAAGGUUGGAGUGCCUACAGAUGGCGACUCUCACGCAGUCACCUAUCCACCUGCCAUCGUGGUCUACAUAGUUGAUCCCUUCAGUUAUGAGGAGAAGAGUAAAGCCUCUAACUCUAACAUAUGGACUCUGGGCCUCCUCCGCUGCUAUGCAGAGAUGCUGCAGUUUCUUCCUCCACAUAUCAGGAAUGCUGUAUCUGUUCAGAUAAUUCCUUGCCAGUAUCUGCUGCAGCCAGUAUGUAGCGAAGAGCGGCACAUGUACAGCCAGCAUCUGAAGUCUUUGGCGUUCUCAGUGUACACUCAGUGCAGGCGGCCUAUCCCCACCUCCACAAAUGUCAAAACACUAACAGGUUUUGGCCCUGGACUUGCCUUGGAUACAGCAUUACACAGCCCUGAGAGGCCCGAGUGUCUACGGCUCUACACACCGCCAUUCAUCCUGGCCCCAGUUAAGGACAAGCAGACUGAGCUCGGCGAGACUUUCGGCGAAGCGUCACAAAAGUACCAUGUUCUCUUUGUGGCCUACUGCCUGUCACAUGACCAGCGGUGGCUGCUGGCCACUUGCACCGACCAGUGUGGAGAGCUGCUGGAGACCUGUAUCAUCAGCAUCGAUGUUCCCAACCGUGCUCGGAGGAGAAAGGGGUCGGCCAGGCGUCUGGGUCUUCAGAAGCUGUGGGAUUGGUGUCUGGGGCUGGUCCAGAUGACCUCAUUGCCUUGGAGAGUCGUGAUUGGCCGUCUCGGCAGGAUAGGUCAUGGAGAGUUGCAAGAUUGGAGCAUCCUGCUGAGCAGACAGAACCUGCAGACUCUGAGCCGCCGGCUGAAGGAGAUGUGCAGAAUGUGCGGCAUCUCCGCUGCGGACAGCCCCAGCAUCUUAAGUGCCUGUCUGGUUGCCAUAGAGCCCCAGGCAUCCUUUGUCAUUAUGCCAGACUCUGUGUCCACAGGCUCUGUGUUUGGCCGCAGCACUACUCUAAACAUGCAGACGUCUCAGCUCAACACCCCUCAGGACACCUCAUGCACCCACAUACUGGUGUUUCCCACCUCCGCUGUGGUCCAAGUCAUCGACACGCCCUUCAACCCCAUCCACGAUGCGUCAGAUGCUAUGGGAGGAAUGGAUGGGAUCCUGGAUCUCCUGGUGUCUGAGAACGACGUUGACCCGGACCUCAUUAACAUACUACCCAACUCUCCGACCACCUCACCUGUGCACUCACCUGGCUCCCACUACCACCACGGAGGAGAUGGCAUCAAAGGCCAGAGCACAGACCGCAUGGAGUCCCACGACGAAACCCCCAACAUUCUGCAGCAGCCCAUGGCGCUGGGCUACUUCGUGUCCACGGCCAAAGCCGGCCAACUGCCCGACUGGUUCUGGUCCUCCUGCCCUCAGGCCCAGAACCAGUGUCCCCUGUUUCUGAAGGCCUCUCUCCACCUGCACGUCUCCUCAGUGCAGUCUGAUGAGCUGCUGCACAGUAAACACUCCCACCCUCUGGACUCCAACCACACCUCCGAUGUGCUCAGGUUUGUACUGGAGCAGUACAACGCCCUCUCCUGGCUAACCUGUGACCCUGCCACGCAGGACCGCCGCUCCUGUCUGCCCGUGCACUUUGUGGUGCUCAAUCAGAUGUACAACUUCAUUAUGAACAUGCUGUAAGAGUGCCGGGCCGCAGCAGAUCACCGCGCUGCACUGCCGCUGCUGGCCAGAGUGCUGCUUCUGGCCAAAGCACACACACACACACACAAACACACACACCACCAACCAGUCUAGACACCGGCCACCGCCGAGUGUCCAUCUCAGACAACUGGAGUUAAAGGGACUCGUCACACAAAACUUUCUUUAUGAUUUCUGAAUCGACCUGAAUUUUAGGUCUGGGUGAAAUGAAAUGCCUGCAUAUGUAUCUUAUUUAUUGUAUGUUUUUAAAUGUGGAAUUUCUUAAUCUUUUAUAUAUUAUAGAUGCCCGAAGGUGUACGCUGCCUUCCCGCUGACAUGAAAAAUGGUUUAUCACGUAUCUGAUUGUCUUAAUUGCAAGACAAGGACUGACCCAAGUACAUUUUGCUGUAGCUUUGCUUUUAGAGAAAUAUUUUCUCCAAGUGGAAAGACGUUUUUAUUGCUACGAUGUACAGAUGAAUUAGGCCGGCGCUGUUCUUACCUUUGUGUGGUGGGGACUUGCAGAUAGGCUGUAGUUGCAGAAUUCCUGUACAGCGAUUUAAUGUGUUCAAAUAAGAGGACAAGAAGUACACUGUCGGAUUAUAUAUUUUCUAUCAGAUUUACAGAAUUGUGUGUGUAUAUAUCUAUAAAUGUGUACAUACAAUAUUGUGCCGCUAUGGAUGGUGCAGCCAAUGUUUUAGGAAUAAAGUGCGUCAACCUGAAA